CUAACGGUUUCAGAGGAAGAACUCCAGGUGGAGAGCACUACAUCUUGGGUAGCACAUAUCUUCGGGAGACGUUGAGGCCAUCAGAGUUGGGCAGGGAGGUCUGAGGAAGUUGUACUGGAGAUGGCAUAAAUAGCAGUGAAGACACGGGUGACUCUAGGUCAUGGGAUCAUGACUGAAAGACAUGAGUGCAGCUUGUCUAGAGGUACAGCUGAUGACCUGGGUACAGAAGGCUGGAGAGCAAGCAGGGCGGUGGCUUAGAAUGCUCUUCGGAGCACUAUUUCCUCCUUGCCGCAAGAGGGCGCUGCAUCCAAGGCGCGUAGAGGAAGAAGUAAAGCAAGUCCACGUUGGCCCCGACGCCUGCGUACAGACAACCGGGCCGGCUUUGGCUCCCCUCUUUCUCCAGAGGCACGGAUUGGACCCACGGACGGGGCGUGAUGGGUAACCGCACCGGCCGGAUGCCCGGGCUGCUCCAGCGGGGGUGGGCAUCGGGGUAGCCCUCUUUUCCCGGUAGCGUUGUAGUCGGUACCGGGACCUCCUUGGCGCUGUCCUCCCUCCUGUCCCUGCUGCUCUUCGCUGGCAUGCAGAUAUACAGCCGCCAGUUGGCCUCCACCGAGUGGCUCACCAUUCAGGGGGGCCUGCUGGGCUCCGGCCUUUUCGUCUUCUCCCUAACUGCCUUCAAUAAUCUGGAGAAUCUGGUCUUUGGUAAAGGCUUCCAAGCAAAAAUCUUCCCUGAGAUUCUCCUCUGCUUGCUGUUGGCACUCUUCGCAUCUGGCCUCAUCCACCGAGUCUGUGUCACCACUUGCUUCAUCUUCUCCAUGGUUGGUCUGUACUACAUCAACAAGAUAUCCUCCACUCUGUACCAGGCUACAGCUCCAGCCCUCACGCCGGCCAAAGUCACUGGCAAGAGCAAGAAGAGAAACUGACUGGGAAUGAGUAAUAAGAACGAGUAAUAAAGUUGCUUCUUUGUAGCUGUGUCUGUCAGACCCACCUCAGACCCACGGCAGCUGCCAGUGCCUGAGCAGGGCAGGCACUGCAGUGGCCUCCAACUUACAAGAGAGUCAUUGGGAGGAAGAAUGCAAAAGGAUCCGUGGCCUUAACCUAUGGGGAGAGAGGUUAAAGAGUAUAUGACACAGAACGGCCUGCCUUUCAGAACCAAUGUAGAUGUUUUAAAUUGCUGUU